AUUUUCAAAAAAUCAUAUAGUAGUACAUCUGUACAAAAAAUCAUAUAGUAGUACGUCUGUGGUCAUGUACUGAUCUAAGAUGCUACCAGCUACCAGACUUUGCAAAUCUCAUACACUUUUACAUUUCAAUUUAUUUUAUCCAGCUUCUCCAAAUAAAUUGAUUUGGUUCUACAAAUCAGUUAAAAUUAUACGCAUAUUGGUUCUACAAAUCAGUUAAAAUUAUACACAUAUUAUACAAAAGACUGAAAGAGCAUACCAUAUUAGAGAUCUAUAUUCGUUUCAUCAUUAUUGCAUUUUUACUCAAAUCCCAUGGUAACAGGAGUAUAGUGGAACAUUGGCGAGAAGAUUUGCUUCUAAUGAGCUUGAUGCCUUGAUAUCCCAAACUUUGGAUUAGUGUGAGGUGGCCAGACCAUUGUAUUGAAAUCUGAUGUUGAGGAAGUCUAAAAGACAAAUUUUGCAACGGGCUAAGCAUUUUUUAUGUUGAAAUGAAUUGAGUCAUGAUUGUGUUCACACUUCCCACUCAAAUGUGACAAUAAUUAGCCUGGAGAAGCAAAUCAUAGGGAAGCUAGAAAGGCAGUCAGCAAUUCAGCAUAAUUAGAUACGUAGUAUAUAGAUUGGCGUUUCUUGCUUGUGUAGCAUACUAGAGCUGCAGCAAACCCAGGAGAUUUAGGAAAUGGGGAGAGACCUGAAACACAUCGACUUCGCUGCCGUGAGCAAAGCCUUGAGGUCCAGUUCUCUGGCUUGGAAUAAUGCUAAGAUCGAGUAUGACCAGAUUGUUGAGGUGCCUUACCACAGUUUGGUUACUAAGAAGAGGGACGGGUCCGAUUGCCGCAAGGUGAUAAGCCAAAUUAACUCCUCUUUGUUGCAGAGGAUAAAUGGUGGAGUCAAUGCUCUAAUCGCUAAGUCCUUUGUUAUUGAGUAUGAGCUGAGGUGCAACAUGGACAAUGAUCCCAUUUAUGGGAGGAUAGAAAAUUUUAGCUUAUCCUUUACCGUUGAUUGGAACGUCUGCCACAUUGAUAUAACAUGCGUCCCAGGGCCAAUAGAUGCUGUUGUUGUAGAUGCUGAUCUUCGGGCUAUGUUGAAUGAAGGGAUUGUUCGGAAUUUGAAAAAAUUCGCAGGUCUUACUGGCCUGUAUCCUAAGCAGGUACGGGACACUCACAAGGCGGCUCAGUUGAUAAAGGUGUUUUGGCAUGGUCUAAUUGGCCAGAGCAAGGUUACCCGCUUGGUCAAGGGGUGCCUUAUGUAUUUAGAGCGAUUGGAGAAAGGGCCGGCUGAGUUUAAAGCAUACAGGCCGAACACACUUAGGUAUACAGUUGAGGAUCUUCUUCCUACAAUGGAUUACGGGGAAACGGCUUAUGUGUUUACAACAAAUGAGAGUGGUGUUUCUUCAAAUGCCAUUCUGUAUGGUAUGUGUGAGGAGUACCCACACCCAAACUUCGGGGGGUAUGAGCACAUAUCGAUACCAGCUGAUGGUAAAACCAUCUAUCUGGUAGGGUAUGAGCUAGAGCAGUUUAAGACUGAUGUCCCCGGAGAUGAUCUGGGGGACGUUGAUCCAGUACGCUGACCAGUUUAAUAUAGGGUCAGCUUUAGAACAAGCGCUGAUCAUUGCUUGCUCACUUAAAGAGAAUAGAUAUAUGGUCCGAGGGUGCUUGCCCCAAGUGUUUAGUCGUUGUGAUUUAGUGUACCCGGCACUCACGCGCAGCAAGGAGGGUGUGAGUGGGAACACGAUCAUAAACGCUGCUGAGGCAACCAUGGUUGGGAGGUACCAUCAGAUGGUGAAUUUUGUCCUCUUCAAGGAUCUGGAUGUUAGCUUGCAGAACACGAGGUUCAACCAGAACCGUGAUCUAGCCUCUAUCAUAGGGAGCCACCACCUCCAACUUAUGGAGUACAUGGAUGACAUCGGAGUUGUGGGAUAUGUUGAAGGUGAACAAGGCAUUCACUUGGCUCACAAGCUUGAGGUCUGCUGACAUGGACAGGUUGCGGCAGAUGAGUGUGUUUGAGGGUUUCUGGCUUAUCAAUUACCCCAAAACUGUGUUGAAGGAUGGGGUAAUCAAGUCACUUAAGAAGGGAUACAAAAACGGUAUUAGCAUUAUGAUGCCAGGGGUGUUUUUUGAUAGUUUUGAAACUCUGAUGCGCGAAGUUGAGAUAGGUAGCGGUAAGUAUCUGGCAGAGAUACCCAACGGUGGCUUUAAUGUGAGCUUUACGAAUCUUUCAUGUGAAGCGCCACCUGUGAGGAAUAUAGUCUUUGAUAAUGAAGGGGAGAUGGAGGUUGGAUUUAAUUAUGACUUCCUGGGGCCGAAAACGUUGAUGUUCCAGUCUGUUGGUGAAGUGGCCACGCCUUCGCGUUUCCACAUAUAUAGAGAGGAUGCUGAGUAUGGAUGGGAAUGUGGGUCUAAUGGCGAGUUUCCACCUGAGGCAGAGGAUGAGCAUAGCCCAAAGGAGAAACAGCCUCAGGGGGGGAUUAAAGGAAACAAACUCAAACAGAAUGAUCAAAGAGAAUGAAAAAUCAGCUUGCCUAAGAACCUGCAGAAUACAUGGUCAUCACAGAAGUAAUCUACACAUGUCAAAGAGGAGCCUAAAUUUUGAGAGAAUCAAUUGUACUUGCAAGCAAAUAUCACAUGUUUACUACUCCGGGUAUAAAAAUAUUCUUGUUCUUAUAUAUUCCUUACUCUCUCAAAUCUCAUCGACCUGUUCUUAUAAAGAUGGAUGGGGAUGAAAAAUCAGCAUCUUACAAAAUAAUGACUUUGGUAUCCGUUUGUUUGGAUGAUGUGAUUUGUUUCAAUUGAGAUUUUUUCUGAUAAUAGAUCAAUAUAAUGAACUUCUGAAUA